AUGCAGCGAAAUACGAGGGAUCACACGGAAGGAUUGCUGAGCGAAAACGACUGGAACGAAUUCGAGAACAUUUCUGACUGUUUCGUUCAAUCCAGCAACAAGGUCUGUUCCAGCCAAAUCAGAAAUCUCUGUCUCAAUGGCGAGAUGGUCUUACGGGAAGUGCUCGCCGAAGAUAUCGGGAUGAACGGUGCCAUGACGGCACUCGUUGAUCAGCUGCAGGCAUUAGAGGUUAAGCCCUUGCCGUCAGCAUUGAGCAAUUUUAGCCACUUGCAACUAUUUUUUCUGUCCUACGCACAAUCUCAGUGUGAACUAACGAGCGUGCAAACGCUAAUUUCUCUGUUCGACUCAGACCAUCCUCCUGCGGAAGAGCAAGUGCUCUUAACUCUGCGAAACGUCGAAGAAUUUUCAGAAGCAUUUCAAUGUCCGAAAGGUAGCUUCAUGCGACCUAAGAAACGCUGUCCCUUUUUGUGA